AGGAAAUUAAAACUCAAUUAAACAAAGCAGAAGCAAGAUUAGAAGAGGCAGUGAAUAAUUUAAAAGAAUUUAUGAAGGAGAAUUUGGAGAAGUUUGAGAAAAGAUGGAGAAUAGAAGAACUGAAAGAAGAAAAAAAAAGAUUGGAGAAAGAGAAAGUGAAGUGGGGAGAUGAAGUGCUGGAGUGGAGUAAGAAGCUUCGGGAGGUAGAAGAAAAAGUUAAUGAACAAAUUGCAUAA